AAUUGAAAAUUUGUUAGUUGUCACUCAAAAUAUCUUGAGACUAAUUGAUUUUUUUUCUAAAUUGCAGUAUAAUUCAGUUAUACACAAAAAUAUAUAUGUGUUAAUGUCUUUGUUCGUUAAUUUUAUUGUGUAAUUGUAAUUAAAAUGGUUGAACGGAAACAUGGCUCCGAAACGCACGAUGAGAAGAUUCGACGUCGUAUGCAGGUGGUGUAUGCGCGUCAAACCCGUGAGAAACAAAUAUUUAUGGAUGACUUGAAGGAAUAUCGAAGAAUCAAAGAUAAACAAAUGCUACAGAGCAUUGUAGUUGCUGUUGGGCCUCGAUGGUAUCAAGCUUUAAGUGUACCUCAGAGAGUAGCAUUGGAUUCUCUGAAAGAUUCUAUUUACCAAGAUAUAUUGGAAGGACGUCCCGAGAGGUCGUCUGUUAUUAUGCAUAAGCUCGGAUUGGUCCCUCGUCCGAGUACCACAGAACUUAUGAAUUGUCUGUAUGCAGGUCGUAACGACCCAAAAGAAAUGCUGGCGCAAUUAUAUCUGUCAACCUAUGGUUACCCUAUCGAGGGGAAACGUACUUCGUAUUGUUUGAAUGCUAGACUUAUGUUGUCGGCCAUCUUUUACUUGGGACUGGAUAACUUGUUAGUGUUACUUCAGAAAACAUUUGCUCCAGAUGAACCUAAACCAAAACCUCCACCUAAACCAAAACCAAAGCCAAAGAUUCCACCUCCAUCUCCAUACUUAGUACCAAUGGUGGCGACUUUAUAUGAGCCACCACAAAUUCGUCGUAAAUCGCCGUUGCCUUUGCCAGAUCUAAGUGACCUCAAUGAGCCAUAUGAAGAGGAGCCCAUUAUACAGAAACCUCCUCCACCGCCACCUCCUCCACCACCACCGAAGAAAAGAUUACCAAUCUCGUACUGCGACCAACUAGCAGGGAUUGAGGAAAUUAAGCCUCAAGUUUCGACUGCCACGAAUAGUAACAAAGAGAAAAAAUCUCCACGAAAUCUAUUACGGAAAUUGAAAAGCUCAAAAUCAAGUCUUAUGGAUACUAGUAAAUUAAAAUCAUUGAAUCUAGACAAUGCUAACCAGAUACCGAAAAAAAAAGGGCGCCGAAGAAAACUAGUAGCUCCAACGACUGGCUUGAGGAAUGUUCAAUAUAUGAUUAACGGAGUAUAUCGAGUUCAUGGUAAGACAUGUUAUGUUUUGGGUAGUGUUACACUUUUACCUUCAGAAGGUGAUCUCAUCCACGGAGGAUACCGUGCCGUUAAUGGAGAAUAUAUUACAAUACAUUGUGGUUUUCGUGGACGGCCGCCGGCGAGAAAAUCUAUCCCUUGCGAUUGUUUAAAGGAGUGGAAUGACUCAGUCUUUCAAUAUAUUAAAGAUCAUAAAUGCUACUGUGGUCAUUACUACGAUUUUAGAAAUGAAGAUACUACCUUCCCUCCAGACCAACUACCUUAUUUUAACAAACCUACACGCCAUGGUCCACUAAGUUUUAACUACGACCGAAUAUUCGAUUUAGAUGAUAAAAGAUUAUAUAUAGAAUCGGAAUUUAAGAAAGCUUGGGAUACAGAUAGUAUAUUACAUGAGGACGAUGGAACUACUCCCGCAAUAACUGAUAAGAAGAAAAAAAAGAAAAAACCUGCUGACACUGUUCCUAAAAAGCCGGCAGACACAGAUAAUGCAAUCACCGAUGACGAUUCAAAGAAACGGAAGGAUACACCUGGUGAUGAUGAUGAUAAACUGAAAAGAAACAGUAGACCAUCUAAAACAGAUGCAAUCCAAAGGAGAAUGUCGAUAGCAGAAAAUGCUAAAAGACGAAUGUCUAUAAGUGAAGCAAAGAAAGAGCCCAAGGUGGAUCCAGAAACUCAGAAAAAACUUAGAAUAUCUCAAAGAAAAGCUUCAAAGAAAACUUUAGCUUCAGAUAGCGGCACCAGUAAAAGAAAUAGAAGCCAAUCGGCUAAUAAUAACGCCUCGGGCACUUGCUUAGGACAGAAUCCAAAGCCUCAAGACUACCUGAAAUGCGCACUACGACACAUGCGGCAAAUGAAUGUUGCAGCACGUCUACCUGAUUUGCAUUUAGUUCCCGAACUCAAGGAAUGGAUGAGACAAAGACUCUACGGGGACCUAACACCUGAAGAGAAAAGGGAAUACCUACGAAAAAGUACCACAUAUUGGAGAAUGUUCACAACGCUCAGCGGAAAAGGGUUCGGGCACGUAGCAACACCUAAAGAACCAAUGUUUCGGGGUCACACUACUUGGUACCACAAACAGAAUCUCAACGAUAAAUUUAGACAUUUUACACACAGGUACAAGCUGUCCAUGUUUAGAUCACAUGCUUACGUCACUAACUUACUAUGGAGAUCUAUGUAUCAAGCUGAAUUUCCCGACAAGAAUUUUCGAGAAAUAUACUUUUCGUAUUUGUAUAGUAGAAUAGAAGAUCUACAGCUGAUACACCCUUAUUGUGCGAGGGAGACAGAAGAAAGAAAAGUAAUUAUGCGAAGAAAGAGAUAUAUUUGUUUACCAGAUGGGUACGAACCGAAAACAUCGUGAUUAUAAUUGUUUCUGUCUAAUGUCCAAUUGUUCUGUUCUUAAACAAUAAUGAUCUGUUAAAUAUAUAUAUA